CAGCUAAUAAAAACGCGAGAAAAUCAACCGGAAACCCCUGUAAAAAAAAAAAACAUAUGGGACUGCAAACACAAAUACGCAAAGUCAAUUUAGAGAACUUCAACAGUUCUACAGUGAAAUUAGCUAUCGUAACGUUAACGUUACCUGACAUACAGCAUAUCACGGUUUAGAGAGCGUGCCACCCAUAGUGCCACCCCACCUCCAGCAGCGGACUCCAUUUUCACUGUGCGCCCAGUCGAUGCCUCACGUGUCUGGACUGUCUCUCUCACAUGACCCGAGUGUUUGUUCCCGUGAUCAGCACUUCCAUCUCUGCUUCAGUCUGUCACAGUAUAUCACAUUUUAAUUCUUACCCUGAUGGAUAUGCUUGAACAGGGUCUGGACAACACGUCAAGCCACGAAAAACAAGAGGAAGAGGUUGUUCAAAUAACUGAAGAGACCCCUGGCGUGGAGCAGACUGCGGUUACUAUAGCGAAUGUUCAACAGGCCACAGCGUUUACUGACCAAAAUAUUCAGUAUCAGUUCCGCACUGAGAACAGCGGUGGGCAGGUGACCUACCGUGUGGUCCAGGUGAGCGAUCAGUCUCUGGAGGGGACUGAUGAGGGCAGUGGGACAGUGAGCGUUGUCUCUGCUGCAGCAUUUGCCAAUGCCCCACAGGCUGUUGCCCAGACAGUGAUCCAUAACCCGUUCAGCAAUGGGGGCAGCCCCACCGCAGACACCACAGCAGGGGACACGCGCUUCGCCUAUUUCCCAGCAGCCACUGUGAGUGACGGCACGGCCGUUUCAGUCCAAGCCACGGCCGACCCCACGCUCGCACAGGGGGGUCAGUUGUAUGUGAUGAUGACCCCCCCUGAUGUUCUCCAGUCCGGCACACCCCGCACCAUUGCCCCACGCACACACCCAUACACCGCACAAGAAGUCGGGCAGCUGCAGGAAGAGCCGUCAAGCUGGAAGGUGGACGGGACUCGCACACCCAGAGAUGAGAGGAGGCGAGCGCAACACAAUGAAGUGGAAAGGCGACGGAGGGACAAGAUCAACAACUGGAUUGUCAUUUCCAAAAUCAUCCCCGAUUGCAACAUGGAGAGUAGCAAGACCGCAGCGAGUAAAGGCGGGAUCCUCUCCAAGGCGUGUGACUACAUCCGUGAGUUAAGACAAACCAAUCAGAGACUGCAGGAAAGUUUCAAGGAAGUGGAGCGCAUUCAGGUGGACAAUAAGCUGCUCGCACAGCAGGUGGGACCCCAGAUCCUAAUCAUUUCAGCCUACUACCAGCAUGUAGAUAAGGACUCUGCUUUCAUUUGGACAUUGAGGAGCUGAAGAGUGAGAAUGCACUUUUGAGAGCACAGCUGCAGCAGCCCGGCCUGGAGGUGGUUUUGGAGGCGCCGCCCCAGUGACCGCAGGCAGAGGUGGGUCAGAGGAGGCGGAGUCGCAGGGGGAGUCUGGUGGUGGACGUCUCGGUAAAGGUAGUGGACAGAAACACACACGUAUGCGUUGCAGUUCAGGAGGAUGAGCUCUAUGAAAUAGUGAGUGGACGAAAAACUUGUGUCAGCCUGAGACCUGAAGACCCCCCCUCUGUGCACUCCAUCCCCCCUCGCCACCUUCUCCUUCACGUGGGUGGCCUGCAUCUGGCCUGCAUCUGGCCUGCAUCUGGCUGACUUCUCUGCCUUUUUUUUCCACUGUUUGGACCGCUGGAGCACCUCACUGGUGCUGUGUGGUGGCUAUUCUGGACUGGACUGCAGUUCACGGUUCAUCUUUAAUUCCACUUGUUUUCCCUCCACAGCUAGCCCCCCCCCCACCCUCCCCCUCCCCAGGGCAAGUUCUCCUGGUGAAACUGCAGCCAUUAGCAGCAGUGCCCUGGUAUUCCUGCUCCUAGUAUCAGCAAUAUUGCAAUAUUUAUUGUCAGAUAUGUGAUGCGUGACACUGAGGAUGUUUGUGCUGGUUAAUUUUUUGAGGAUUUCUUGGAUUUCAUUUCCAUAUCAACUUGAUAAACAUAUGACAUUAUUUCAAUCCCUCCCCCACACACACACACACACACACACACACUUCACCUUACUCUACCCCCCCCCCCACACACACACACAC